AUGCCGUUCUUUCCCCUACGUCCUCUAGAGCCUUCAGUGCUCGAAGAGAGGUCUUUCAAAUGUGUCACUAGCGCUGGUCUGUCCGCAGCUCUUGAUGUGAUGAUUCUCGGUUCUAUUGAACAAGGCAAUCGCAUUGUUUCUAUUCUGUAUGAUCAUAAUGUUUUGACGUUUGAAAACGACGACCUUCAAAAGGUAGCCAUGCAUUUCGCGUGGGAUACCUCACAGCAGUGGCCAACAUUCAUAUUGAAGCGUGACCCCAAUAAACCUGCUUUUGUCCGAAGCCGAUCCCCACACUUUGGAAAAAGCGAUGAAUCUCUUCGGGAGAUGGAAAAGUGGUCCCGUCAACAGUGGGCCGAAGAUUUGAGGAAGAAGUAUCCUAGUUUCGACGAUCAGGACCUCCAGGAUGCGUUCUCAAGGUACGAUGAGCAAGCCAAGGGUGGCAAAAAGCUAGGCUCUGCCGGUAUCAUAAUUGAGAUGGCCUUUGUUCUCAGCCAAAACAGCAACGCCGAAGAGCUUCUGAAGGAAAUCAUCCCCUUAAUAUUCGGUUCUCGCAACCAGCGAGACUAUACCACAAAUCAAAGACAAAGCUUCGCUGGCAACAAAAAGGUGUGGCAAUUGCUUAGUGCUGGCUUCGUAAAAGGCCACCUCAAUAUCUCGGACAAUGUGAUCUUGAAUCACGUCGAGUCAACGCUCUAUACACUGACGCAACGUUUCGAGAAGGGCCCCGAACGACCAUUCAGAAACCAAAGUAUCAGAGAACUCAUAGACCUGCUCGACGUGACCUGGCUCCAAAUCAAGCCGCAUGAGCGUGAACAGUCGGCCCUUGUCAACUGCGAUGACUCUCCAAUUCCGAACAGUUUUACUCACCGAGGCUUGAGUGCCCAAAAAAUUCGACAGAUGGAGGAACGAUUAGGCACAGAGCUACCAAGGGACUUUAAAGAAUUCCUGGCCGUUACCAAUGGCUUCUAUACGGGUGACCCGCAGCUCGACAUCGACAUCUUCAAACCCGCAGACAUCAUGGCAUGGCAAGAACCCGGCUGGCCAGAGACAGUAGAGCUUCUGCCUUACGACGAGCUACCCUCGAACAUGAUGAACCUUUUCAAGUGGCCGAAGCUGCCUCGAGGCUUACAGACCGGAAGUGGUACCGAUGAAGGCUACCAAUUGUUGAUUGAACCGAACCUAGUGAAAUCCGCUGUUGAAGAAUUUGACACUCAGUAUGCAGCGGCGGACGAGGGCACCAAAAGAGUGCUUGAAAGGGUCGUCGCUGACUUGUACGGAAGCAUUGAGGAGCUGAGGCAGAUGGAGUGGAUGAUGCUUGUCACUUUUCAUUGGAACCCAGUGUCAAUUGUCUUUGGGUAA